AUGGACGUGAAGAAGCAGCUGUUGUCCUUCGUUCGGAUGUUUCUACCUGCUGUAGGAUUUGCUUUGACUUGCAUCGGGGCCUACCUGUUGUCCCUGCAGACCGAGCACAGCUUUCACUUGAAGCUUGUUCCUAGUUAUGCCAUGAUUGUCUUUGGCUUUCUGGCUAUGCUCACUGGGGUCUUCUGGAACCUCUACAGCAUGAGGAGCAAAAUGUACCAGAGAAGACGACGUGAGCGGCACAUUCAGAUCUUCACCGUUGCAAGGCCCAGCAGUUUUCCUCCAUCGUAUGAAGAGUCGCAAAGUCACAUUAGUCCUGGUCGUCAGCUUGAAGGGUUUGUUUCAGCUGACAGAGGGGUCAUGAGUCCUGCUCCUCCUCUGUACAGCCAGGACAGUUCGGAGGCUCCAGACUGCACAUGGAGCUGGGAGCAUCCGCCUCGGUACAGUCAGGUGCUUCAGACUCCACGUCAACAGACGGAUGCAGGUGAGCAGAGUGAGGUCUCGUCCUCAAACUAA